UCAAGUUUGGAAAGAAAGAUCAAGAACGCAGUUUACAAUCUGUCUUUGGCUCCGAUCUUUAUGUGCUAAAGAUCCAUCAAUCUUGAUUCUCCAGCUUUUUGGUCUGCUUCUGAUAUUAGGAUCGGUUAACGUUGGAGAACUUGAGGGAUGACUCAUAAACAGGAGACUUUGAUUGGUUCUGGAAUCUGUGUGGCGAUUUCAGUCCUCUUAUCAUUGAAGUUGGUUCGUGAUCAUCUUUCUAACUGGAAGAAACCCAAGGAGCAAAAGGCGAUCAUAGUGAUCAUCCUCAUGGCUCCCAUUUAUGCUGUUGAUUCGUAUGUCGGGUUGGUUGAUAUUCGUGGUAGUGAGACCUUUUUCGUGUUCUUGGACUCGAUCAAAGAAUGCUACGAGGGUCUGGUGAUGGCCAAGUUCUUGGCUUUGUUGUAUACCUACUUGAAUAUCUCUAUAAGCAAGAACAUAGUCCCGGAUGAGAUCAAAGGAAGAGAGAUUCACCACUCGUUCCCGAUGACUCUCUUCCAACCGCACUCCGUUCGUUUGAAUCAUCAGAACCUGAAGCUUCUUAAGUAUUGGACAUGGCAGUUUGUCGUGAUUCGCCCUGCCUGUUCGGUCUUGAUGAUAGUUCUACAACUUCUCGAGAUAUAUCCCGAUUGGCUUAGCUGGACGUUCACUAUGAUCUUGAACGUAUCGGUUUCGUUGGCAUUAUACUCCCUCGUGGUUUUCUACCACGUAUUUGCUAAAGAAUUAGCACCACACAAACCUCUUGCCAAGUUCUUAUGUGUGAAGGGGAUUGUCUUCUUUUGUUUUUGGCAGGGAAUCGUUCUUAGCGGUCUCGUGGCAAUGGGCAUAAUCAAAUCGAAUCAUUUUUGGCUGGAUGUGUCGCACAUCCAGCAAGCGUUGCAAAACGGAUUGGUGAUCUUGGAGAUGGUGUUUUUUUCGAUCUUUCAGAUGUAUGCAUACACUGCUGCACCAUAUAAGGAUGCCGAUGUGAAACAAAAGAAGAGUGAUUGAGAACGAGAUGUCGAUCAAGAUGCGAUUUUUGGGCGUUACGGAGGUACCAAUUUGGAGUUUAUGUAUGAACUUAGAAGCAUAUUUGUAAUAAAUAUUGGUUCCCUCUUAAGGGGAUUGUAUUUGGGUAUGAUCUAAAAGGUAUUGAUCUUGAAUGAAGAGUGCUUAAUGGUUGUCUCCUCCCACUGUUCUA